AUGUUCCUUUGCCUUGAGCCAAGCUGGUCAACAUUAAUGGGCCGGGGCGGCUCCAUCACGCAGCCAACCACGACGUGCAUGGCAUGGGGAUUGCAGAUGCGCCUAAACGGUUGGCAGCUCGAGUACGAGGCCGCUGGACGGAGUGCUGGUGCCGCAGGUGUAUAUCCGAAGCGUGGCAAGUUUUGCGUCUGGCGUUGUCUGAAACAACACCGCGGCCAGAGUGACGAUGGCCGUUCGCGGUGUCGCGCCCGACCUCAUGUCAGCGCCCGGCACGUCGGCCUUGUCGCGAUAGAGAUGCAAAUUGAGCAAUUUCCAAGCGGGCGGCAUCGAAUAAGUCACCCAGGUAGACUUUCGGUCGCGUCUGAGCGUAUCUCCAAUCCAAUUGCCCUAGCUGCUAGAGGCAAGCACGGCCGGCUAGCGUUGUUGCUCUAG